CCAGCAGAGACCAGCAGUGUGGUGCGAGCAGCCGAGAGAGGAGCCUGGUACCGUGCGCCUCCUGCCACUCCAUCUCAUGAACCCUCAUCUUAGUACUCAGUGUUUUGUGUGCUCGCUUGGCUCAAGUAUACCGUAGUUAAUAUACUGGUUGCCUUAAAGAGAAGCGGACUUCUUAGUGAUUUACGGGUGACAAAACGUCUUGCGAGAUGUUUGUUACUGUGGCGGUGUUGAGUCUGGUGGUGUCCUGCGCUCUGGGGGACCCAAGCAUUCAGCUGUGGGUGGUGGAUGCGCCCAAGGAGAGCCCGGCGGUGGAGAAACUGGCGGACGUUGGCUACAUCGAUGUCUGGAGCAGCAACUCCACCCACGCCCAGAUUCUGGUUGAGCCGGAAGUGAUGCCGUUGGUGCAGCAGUUGCUGGAGGAGUCCCAGAUCAACUACUGGGUAGAGGUGGAGGACGUGAUGAGUCUGGUGCAGCAGGAGCGCCAGUUCAUGAAGGAGGUGAAGGAGAGAACCAGGCGUACCAGAGCAGCACAACAGAUGGACUGGAAUACGUACCACAAUAUGGACGACAUCGAAGGGUUCAUAGGCUGGGUGAACGCUACACAAGGCAACUUGGUGCGGGUGCUGCCGGCGGCCACCACGGCGGAGGGCAGACGCGUCCUGGUGGUUAAGCUCACGGACCCCAACUCCCCAGGACCCAAGAAGAAGAUCUGGAUCGAAGGAGGUAUCCAUGCUCGUGAAUGGAUCUCUCCAGCCGUCUCCACAUACAUCUUGAACCUGCUAGUUACGGACGAGUCUUGGAGAGACCUGCUGAAGGUGACGGAGUGGUACAUCGUCCCUGUGGCCAACCCGGAUGGCUAUCAGUACACCUUCACCUCUGACAGAGCCAGAUUAUGGAGAAAGAACCGCCGGGACAACGGUUCCCCUGAUGGGCGCUGCAAAGGAGUGGACCUGAACCGUAACUGGAACCUGAAAUGGGGCGUGGGUGCGUCCAAAAAUCCAUGUAGUGAAACCUACAGAGGCGACUCUCCCUUCAGUGAACCCGAGACCCGAGGACUUCAGGCCAUGAUGAAAGAGGUGGGAGACAUAGACCUCUUCAUCACUUUUCACAGCUUUGGCCAGACAAUCCUCUAUCCUUGGGGGUGGACUCGCAACCCUCCAGCCAACGUCAAGCAACUCAAGAACCUGGCAAAGAAGUUUGCUGAUACUGUGAGAGAAAUGUCCCGCGGAGAAACUGAGUAUGAGAUUGGUGGAUCAGGACCAUUGUACGGUCUCGCCUCAGGAGCCACCGACGACUGGGCGUAUGGGGCAUUGGGUGUUCCCUACUCUUAUACUAUUGAGCUGCCGGAUCAGGGGCAAUAUCAAUUCCUGCUGCCGGAGAGUCGUAUCAGCAGCACUGUGGUAGAGACAGCUGCAGGUAUAAAGUGCAUGAUCGGCUCUCUCACCAACACUGGGUUCUGUGCCGCACGCAGAGUUAGGCGACCCGACAUUUUCUGGUUUAGGAGUUCAUAGAACACAAGCUCUCCAGUUUUGUUAUCUUAUACACAAUUUGAAGAAAAAAAGUAGUUCAAAAUAUUCAAAGAUAUAUUUAUGAAUAUAUAAUUUUAUUUGCAUAGUUAAGUGGAAAUACUAUAAAAUUAGUUCUUGAAUUAAAAUUAUUUCUUCUAGAUUUUUAAGUUGCUUCAAGCACAGGUCUUUGGAUUAAUUUCACAUUGUUCAGUAAUAAGCAGC